AUGAUCGAUGAUAUGAAUAAAAAUCUCAUGCAACAAUUGAACAAACGUCUGGAAUUAAUUAUUGAACAUAAUAAAUCUCUUAAAUUUAAUUUAAAUUCAAGAAAUAAUCUUGUGAAUAAAACUCUUACUGAUCUUACGCAACGUUAUAAAAUACGUAAUAAUUAUUAUCGUAAAAAAUUUCCAUCAUUACUCCAUGAUUUAUCUAUUUUAAAAUCGAAUGAAAAACAUUUUCAAUCGAUUGAAAAACGAUAUUAUCAGUCAAUAAAAUUUUAUAAAAAUAUAUCAAAUAUUCAAUCAUCGAUUAAUAUUAAACAAUACGAUAAACAACUUCAACAAUCAACUAAAACUUUGGAUGAUCUUAAAACGAAUAUCAGUCAAUAUGAAAAUUCUAUUGAACAAUCAAAACAAGAAUUCAUUCAACAGAAUGAACAAAUAAAAGAUUCUACAAAUAAACUUUCGCAAAUUCAAUAUGAACAAAAUCGCAUUCAAUCAGAUAUACAACAAUUAAAACAAAAGAUUUUAUUUGAAAAAAAUCUAUAUUCACAAGAAAAAGAAUUUUAUUCAAACUUUAAAACAGCAUCUCAACUUGAAUCUAAAAAAAUUUGCCUAGAAAAAAAACAUAAAGAUGUUGAUCAAUGCUACCAGCAACAACAAAUCCUUAGUAAAGAAGAAAUAACAUUGAAAAAUUUACUCAAAAAUAUCAAAGAUGCAAAUCAAAAUAAACUGAGUCAAUGUCAUACAGAAAAUAAUCGUCUAUCGAAAGAAAUUUCUCAAACUAAAUUUAAUAUUCAACAAAAAAGAACGGAUUUAUUACAAUUACAACAUCAAUUAUCUGAUUAUAAAACGAAAUCCGAGACGAAUAAAAUUGUUAUGAAUCAAUCAAAAAUUCGAACUUUACUUGCACCACCACUACCACCACCACCAUCAACAACAAAAACUAUAACAUCGAAUAAGGAAGAAAUCAUCCAUAAAUCUGCUCCAUUAAUAAAUAAACUUAAGACAGCUUUAUUAUAUGCUGAACAACAACAACACCCAUUACCAAUUGAAUCUACGAACAAAUCUGAACAAAGUAAAGCAAUAGAUUACUUAGUUUUGACUUUUUAA